CCCCACCUUCGUCCAGUUGGAGUGAAACCGUAGAAGCCGCAGUACGUCUCUCUCGGUUCCGUGCGAAAAUGACGUGCAAAGUGCAGUAAUUAAUUGACUCCGGGCAUCGAAUCGCAGUGCACCUGAUCGGCCGAAUCGAGCCGCAUCCGACUGGCCGAAUUUGCGUCAAAUUUGGCCGCUCGGCGACGCAGUGCGAGCUGUUUCGUGUGACGGGUCGGCGGGCAAGCUGCUCCGUUGUGCAAUACUCUGGACAGUUUCCGCCGCUUCCUGCCGCCGCGCGUGCAAAUCUUGAGCCUGCCGGGCCCGCCAUUCGGCCUUCGGCAAGACUUUGGGUUCCGAGUGCGUCGAUUUUUGGCGAAUCGGACCCACACAGCGUGAGCAAGACGUACUUAGCUGCGUGUAAUGGCGCCUCCUGACCUACUCUCCCUGACUGCUGCCUAGACAAGUGCAUCCGAGAUUCACUAAAACGUCAGCAUGAACUACUCAAACAUCCUGGAAGGCACACGGCAAUACUUCCAGGGGCUGCCGUCGGCGCAGCAGGGUGAUCCCGGGGGCGGCCCGGGUCCGCAGGCGCCUGCGGCGCCGCCGGUCGCAACCUCGCAAUCGGCGCCACCACCGCAGCACCAGGUCUUCAUUCCUCCGCAAGCCAAGACUGAGUAUAGAUGGGCGCCGCCGGGCUCUGCGGCCACUUUCCCGUCGUCCACCGGCGCCAAACUAGGUUCUUACCCUCCGGUGUCGAGUCGGACCCCGCCGUACACGCCGCCGAGCGCCGGAAAGGCGUCGCCGUACGCGGCGCCGCCACAGCAGAGCAAGUCACCGGCUGUGCCUGCCUCCUUCUACCACCAGCAGCAGCCGCCGGCCAAGGGGCUGACGUCGCUGCCGCCGUCUUCGUCACCCUCGCCAGCCUACUACAAGCCCAACCAGCAGACGUACCCCCAAUUCAAUUCAAGGGGGCUUCCGCAGGUGUUCGAAACGUCCAAGGUGCAGCCGGUGGCCAUAGCCAAGACUGCUAACAGUGCUUCCUCAACGGCAAAGCUGUCGUCGUCCGCCCCGGCGGCCUCCAUGACUAACCACAACAUGUCUAGCAGGUACCCCCAGAUCAGCCCCCUGGAUAGAAACUCGUUCGCCCAGCAAUACCAAGGCUACCCCACGAGCAAGCUUUACUACUCCUCCUAUCCCUCCACCUCUGCGACGGCAGCAUCCCAUGUUGUCGCGAGCGCCACAGCCACCACCCCCAAUUACCCGACCAUGCACACCCCAACCUCGUGGAUGAGCUCUUUCAGUCAGCAGCAGCAGCAGCAGCAGCGACAGUUGUCGCAGCAGCAGCAGGCCGCCAGGCCUAGCGUAGUCAACCACGUAUCAGAGCAGAAAAACCAUAGUCAACCUCCACAACAACGACAGCAACAAUCCCUCCAGCCACCUAAAUUCGCACCACCACCGGCGCAAAAGCAGCGCUUAGGACCAAAAAGAGACUCGCCUCUCGACCUAUCAGUGAGGACGAUCCGCCGUAGUGCGGAUUCGACCCACGAUGACGAGGCAGCGGUCAGACUGCUCGGGGGCUCUGCUGCCCCGGAAAUGGUCAGAGCCGACACCACUCAGCCUCCCCGACUGGUGCAGCCUCCCCCACCCAGUGAACAGGCCAGGGUGGACCUGAGUCUACCCACGCUGCUGCGGUCUCAAGAAAUCAUGCCCAAUUAUCACCGGCCUUCAUUUCGAAUUCCUAACAAUUCAAACGAAUCUGAAAAGGCCAGAGAGGCGAUGGCUGUGUCUUCCUUGCUCAGCUUAGAGCACAAAUUUGGUCCUCAGCCGGCCAAGCAAGCAGUGCCUCAUUCACCCUCACCACACCAUACUAAUCACUCUCCUGCGACACUAAGCAACCAUCGGCAACCGUCGCCUUCCCAGCAGAACCACACGCCCCAUUACCAGUACCAGCAUCAACCCUCUCAGGCACAACAGCACCCCCAGCAACAGAGUUUGCCCACCUUCCACCACUUUUUGCCAUCCAAAAUGGAGAAUGUGGCCCAGUACAACCACCACCCUCCCACCAGCAACAAUCAGCAGAUGAUGUACCAGCAAAUGAACUACCAGUAUUACCAGAAGGUCAAUCAGUCCCCUCAACUUCCCAUUCCCAUGCCGAAGCACAACAACCUGGCUGCUGACAAACGGGUACUCAGCAUUUUGCGAAAUAGUCUUGAAACUAAGAAUGCCAACCAACAGAGAUUGCUUGCUGAGGCUGCUGCGAAUCAACAGCAGCAGCAGCAACAGCAGCAAGGAAUUCGAAUGCAAGUGCCGACCGCUCCUCAUCCUCCCCAGCAACCAGCCAAGUUGACUGCGCCGAAGCAACAUAGUGAGAUUCCCUGCCCCAGCCAAGUUUCGUACCCGCUCACUCCUCAGCAGCUAACUCCUGACCUGGACGGGCUGGCUGAUCUCGCGGCCUCCAGAAUCAGGACAAAGGCAGAACUGAAACAGCUCGGUGGCGACUUCCAGCAGACCCAAUUGCUGAGUCCCACGGCUUCCUAUUGUGGCCGAUGUUCUCACCAAGGCUGUAUUUGCCAGAAGUGUCGCAACUGCCCCGAAGGAGCGCCCUGCAUGUGCAGGAAGGACAAGAUUGCUGCACCGGUGUCGUCGAGGAAGGUUUCAGACACCAGAAGCUCCACUGAAACUUCUGUGUUUGACUUCCCUGACAGUGAUCCAGAGACCAGUGGUCCAACGUCGGUCAGCGACCUUAGAAAGAACAGAAAAGCUCCUAAUGCAGACACACCACCAUUCUCAGAAGCACCCGCAUUGCCACUCGUCGAGCAGCCUGAGCCAGAUCCUGAAUGGGACAGUGUGUGCAGCAACUUAGUCACCAGCCUAGAAACCAAAGUCAGCAAGUGCAUUAGGACUGCACAACACAGUUUCCAAGCUGCCAGAAAGCGCAAACAGGUGCAGGAAGACAAGAUGAAAGCCAAAAUCAUCAAGCUUGAAGCCCAAAUGAAGGAGGAGAAUGAACUUAUCGAAUCAGUUAUCAAAACCACGAGUGAAAGUGAUUUGCUCCUUGGACUGACAGACAAGAAAAUUAAAUUGGAGCCUGUGCUAAAACCUUCAGUGCUUCUCGAUAAACUGCAGGAGGAUGAAGAAAAGAGUGUUCUGUCUGACUCUAGCGCUGAUGCAGUACCUGCAAGACUGAAGAAAAAACUUCCAGCCCCCAGUUCUUCAGAGUCAGACUACGAAGAAGAGCUAACCCUUGCUGAGAGACAAGUCCAUAGAGGAUUGUUGCAGUCCUCAAGUUCUGAGUCGUCUGAGGAAAGUUCUUCUUCAGAAGAAUCAGACUGGUCUGAUGACGUGGGAAAAUCGGUCGCAGGUAGACUGAGGAACCCCAGAAACAAAGGAAGGACAUACAACACUAGGAGAAACAAGGGUGGCAAAAAAGCAAAGGUUGGAAGGAAAAGAAAGUUAGGGAUUAUCAGCAGUGACGACGAGGAUGAAGUAGACGAGAAUAUUGAUGAUGAUGAUGAUGAUGAUGAUGAUGAGUCGGAUUCCUCUUCAGACAGCUCUCAGCCAAAGAGACGAACCAGAAGAAGCGGGAAGAGAUCAAAAACAGUUUCUAGAAGUCCGUCGCCAGUAGCUAGGAAAACAAGAAAUUCGAAAGGAAAAAGUGUUGCAAAUAAAAAAGACUCUAACUUAGACCAGAAACUUAAAAUCAAGCGUGCCAAAGAGAAACCAGUGAAAGAAAAGAAUAAGCCUAACAAGAAAUCCACAAAACUAGCAGCUGAGAAGCCUGACAAGAGCAUUAGUGAAAAUUCUAUGGACAAUGGUUUUUACCCUGGUUGGGAAAAUGAACUGGUCAGGUUUAAAGAGUCGCUUCGCAUGCCCAAAACGCUAAUUAGAGUUCAUUCGGGACCAAACUCUGAUCCGCCAACACCAACCAAAAAGCGCCGAGGAGUGACCGACUCUCCUUGUAGUGAUUCCAGUUUAAAGACCAAAAAAGUUGAAGAAUUAUUAGUGAAAAAGGCCAUCCGUGAUGUUGAGCUCUCGGACAGCUCCUCCUCCAUGCCUGGAAGACCGAGAAAGAAGAAUGAAAAGGUCAGCCAGGAGGUGUUGAAAAAGCUGGCGAACAAACUGAAAAACAAGGCCGCUGAAACCACCGCCCCAGAAAAAAGAACAACCAAGUCAGUGCCAGAUCAGACUGAGGGAGAACCGAAGAAAAUCUGUUCACCCCUGAGAAAGGGACUGAGACAAAGAAGACGCAGUUCUCGACUCAGCGGAAACAUGGACAGGAGACACUUACGCAGUGCAGCUCAACACCGGAGCAACAGGAUCCUGCUCAACUCUAAGAAACAUCUGCGAAGGAGGGAUAUCAUGGACAAGGAGAAAUCUGGAGAUAGUCCGCAGAAAGUCAAGAAAUCGCCAAUUAAGACAAGAAGAAAGCUCAGGUCGUCAGGGUUUGACUAUUUGCGGAAAAAGAAGAAAAAGAAGGAAGGUAGCGAAACCAGCAGCACAACUACCACAAAAAAGAGAUCGUCUUCCAACAAGCAAAAGUCGUUAGAGGAAAUUGCUAACGAGGUGCGAAGUUGGGUGGUAAACAAAGGACUUGGAGAGACUGUUCUACACCGCGCAGCUAGAACCUGCAGAAAUGAUGUGGCUGCUUACUGCCUUGAGUCAUUGGGCAUGGACCCGUCCUCAAAAGACAACGCCGGCUACACGCCUCUUCACGUUGCGUGCGCUCGAGGGCACUUGAGUAUGGCGCGGCUGCUGCUCAUGUAUGGAGCUCUGGUCGACAGCAGCGCUCAGGGAGGGAUAAGACCGUUGCACGAGGCUUCAGAGUGUGGCCACAUUGAACUGAUGCGCCUGCUGCUCAGCUAUGGCGCAGACCCUCUGCUCUUCAACUACUCCAACCAAACGUCCAUGGACCUUGGCACUCCAGAUGCGCAGAUUUUGCUGAGUGAGCACCUCAACGAUGUCCAAGGCAAACCUUCAACCGCUUGGGAUUUUAAAUUUUAUGUUAACUUAGAGCCUGAAGAUAAUGGAUUUGAUGUGUUUGAUGACGCUCCCAUCUCUGAGUGUGCAUCACUCAAGGAAGAGGAGCCAGAGUUUGAAGAUCUGACCCCUUUGAUGGGUCCUGGAAACUGUUCCCCCUUCUCACAACCUGCCACAUUUUGGGUGCGCGGCGAAUCAGACAAUUACAUGAUCUUGAGCGAAGUAUGCUCUCACCUUGGACAUUCGCAAGACUGGCUGAAGAAGUCCCUGAAAAGUGAGGUUGCCACCAAGGAGAUGAGCAAAGCCGAGUUUUUUGAGAACGCUCGUUGCUCACACAUUCUAGGCGCCAACUGGAAUCCGGAUCCGAAUAAAUUGAAAAGUAGCAUUGUUCUGAUCAAAGUUGAUAAGGAGUUGACAAAACUCCUCGCAUCUGCAGGGCAGAAACAGAAAAGAUGACGCAUCGAGAAACAUUAACGAAAUACUUUUAUACUUUAAACCUACGCUAGAGUGUUUUUAUUAAGUAUAUUAUCGAAAGUGGCUUUUCCGAUGGACAUUUAUGUUUGAAAUUGUGUUAACAUAUCAGUGUGCAGUAAACUAGUCUUCUGUUGACUGGUGUAAAUAGACUUUUUGUGAUAUGGGAUAUGUGCAAACUUCAAAUAAAUACCAAGUAAGCAGAGAUGUAUAAUCCGCACCACUUCUCCAGUGUAGAUUCCUUUGUUCAAGUUAUGAAAUAAAUUCUGUUAACGCAUUAUCAAUGAAAGAUUCCUAUGUUGUAUUGAUUUGGAAACUUACAUUUUGGAUCAAGAGAAAAUAAAAAGUCUGCUAAUUGAAA